AUGGCCCUUCUCAUGAGUCAUGACCCCCAACAGGUCAAUCCUCAUGACUUGACUUAGCCGUUUUCACUACCACCCAUUUUCAUUGAUUAACUCCUUUGCUAUUCACACACUCUUUUUUAUUCUGGUUAUAUAUAUAAUACACUUCUAACAAACAAAAAAAAAUAAGUUAAAGAAAUUAUAAUUCAAUAAUUAAUAAUGGAGGUGAAGAGCUACAGUAGUAACCAAGAUAAUCAGAAGCAGGAAAUAAUGAGCACCAACACAAAAGAAGACGACGAUGUUGUUGUCGGUGUCGACGAUGAAGAAGGACCGUUGCCGGGGUUCCGGUUUCAUCCGACCGAUGAAGAACUGGUGUCGUUUUACUUAAAGAGGAAGGUUGAGAAAAGACGACCACUUAGUAUUGAGAUUAUUAAGCAAGUUGAUAUCUACAAGCAUGACCCUUGGGAUCUUGCAAAAGGAAGUAGCAGCAUAGGAGAUAAAGAGUGGUAUUUCUACUGCAAAAGAGGAAGAAAGUACAGGAACAGCAUAAGACCAAACAGAGUAACAGGGUCUGGAUUUUGGAAAGCAACAGGAAUCGACAGGCCGAUAUACUCCAACAAUGUCAAUGACGGAGGGGAAGGACACUCACAGUCACAGUCACAGUCACAGUCACAGUCACAGCAUUGCAUUGGGCUGAAGAAGUCAUUAGUUUACUAUCGAGGUAGUGCUGGAAAAGGCUCAAAGACUGAUUGGAUGAUGCAUGAGUUUCGUCUUCCCAAUCAAAUACACCAACAUCAUAACCCUAACCCUAACCCUAAGGACACUGCCCUUGAAGCUGAGAUAUGGACACUUUGCAGGAUAUUCAAGAGAUACAAAAGACACACUCCUGAUUGGAGGGAAUUAUCUAGGAGUAAAAAUGCAGUAAACUCAAGUUCAAAAACAAGCAGCAUUGACUCUAACACUAAUCAAGAAUGUUACAUUAGCUUUGGAACACAUCAAGCAGCAGCAGCACUUGACAAUGGCUACAAUAAUCUCUUGGUCGUUAAUCAAGGGGAUAAUAAUAAUAACAAUACUAACAAUAUCUAUACAGGAAAUCAAAAUAUUACUACAGGUAGUCAUGCAGAUCAUCAACAGUGGAACCUUAUGUCUCAUACUCCAUCAUGUACAUCGCGGCCGAGCACGAUGAGUCAUGUUCUAACAAAUGAUGGGAAUGAUUUGCAGAAUUUUGCUUAUUAUCAGCAUAAUUGGGAUGACCUCAAUUCAGUUGUAGAGUUAGCUGUUAAGAACCCUUUUCUGUAAACAUAUAACAUCAAUAGGAUAGAAGAAUUUUGUAUAAAUUAAACCCCUUUGGGUUUUGUUUUGCUCAGUAGUAGAAUUUUUGUACCUUUUUUUCCUAGAAAUGGACUUAUAGUCUUGUACUCCGUACUACUUUGUUGAUAUUUGAUUCCGACUUGUACAUGAAUAAAUUUUGGGGGAUGAAGAUUAUUGAGUACCGUUUUGCUACACAAUUGGGUAACCCAAAGCUCCAAUUAUAAACAACCAAGAAAAAAAAAAGUUCAAAAAAUAGAAAAUAUUAUGCACCUAACAACUGAAUGUUACAAAUUAUCAGAAAAUCUGACUUCAAAGAAUGCAAUCAUUGACAGAUAGAACACAGCAGUUGCCUGUAUAAAAACAACAGCAGCAUCA